AUGUCACAUGAUAAUAAUGAAAAUAAAACUUUUCAUAGCAAUUUAAUAUCAACAGCGGAUAUUAUUGAUGAGCCAUUAUUUGUUGUUCUUGAUGAUGAUGAUGAUGAUGAUUGGGAUGAAGAUGAUAAAUGUGAAAUUGUCAAUUUAGCAACAAUAGCAUCAACAACAACAACAACAAUAUUAUCAGAAACAAAUUCAAAUAAUACUUUAUUAGAUGAAAACAAAGAAAAAAAAAUUUCAACGGAAGUUUCUUUCGAUAAAGAUUCAGGCGAACAAUUACACAUAGAAACUCAAGGUUUCAUUGAUUCUUUAGUGAGUGAAUCUAAAAGUACACCAAAAAUAUUUCGUCAUUCAAAAAUUUCGAACAAAUCAGCUAAAUCAAAUAGAUCUAUUCGAAAUAUGACUAUUGAUACAAAUUUUAUGCGACAAAAACCUCAUCAACAACAAAGAACUAAAUCUGUAUCAAAACGUAAAAAAACGUCUACAUCUAAUGCAAGUGAUAAUCAUAAAGAUUUUUCUAUUGAUGAUCAUCCUAUUGAUUGCAUUCUAUCACAUAUUUCAUUUGAAUCAUCUAUUAUAUUAACUAUCUCACGUAUGGGUUCAAUAUAUUAUUGUGUUGAAGAUCUUUAUUUAAAAGUAUUUGCAUCAUUAUGUACAUUUGAUGAAUUUAUAUAUUUAUUAGAAGGUAUUGAUAGAAAUAUUCUUAAAACAGUAACAUUAUCAGAAAAAAUCUCUAUUGAACAACAAAAUUCACUUUUAAAAACAUUUAAUGGUACACGUUAUCAUCUCUUAUCAAUAAAUUCAUUCGAUUAUUUAACUAAAAUAAAACAAUUAUUAAAUAAAUAUGAAAAAUCUAUUGAAAAUAUCAUUAACGAAAUGUUUCCUAAUAAACAAACAUCAACAUCUAUUCCAUUAAAUAACAAAGUGUCACCAUCAUCAAUAUCGACAGAACGUAUGGAAACUAAUAAUAAUGACAAACAAUGUCAAAAUUUAAUAAUUUCCUCAAAAACAGAACAAUUAAAUGAACCAUGCCAAUUUGGAAAUAUUAUUACAUAUAAUAGUUCUGAUAAUUGUAAUAGAACUUCAACAAAUGAAACAUCAUCAAUAUCUAUUUCAAAUAUAGAUUCAAAUAUAAUAUCAAAACCUACAUUAAUGGAACAAGACAAUAAUAAUGAUAAUAAAUUACAAUCAGAAAAAAAUUCGAAUAAUAAUUUAAUAGAACGUUCACGUAAGAAAUCUGGAAAAUAUUUAUCUUCAUCAAGUCCGAAUACUUCAUUAAAACGACGUAUUCUUAAUUCAUUUAAUACUCCAACAAAUCAUUCAUCUAUAUCAAAAGAUUCAUUUACAAUAUUACCAACAACAAAUUUAUUACGUCGUAUACAUCGUUCAAAAUCUUUUACACCUAAUAAACAUCAAAUUAAAAGAUUUUGUUCACGUUCAUGUAGUUUACCAUCAAUUGAAAAUCAUAUAGAAGAUAAUAUUAUGUUAAAACCUUUAAUAACAAUAAAAAAAUCAAAUGAUUUAAUUGAUGAUUAUUAUAAAAUGCCAUCAAUUGUUAAUGUUGAAGAAAAUGUUCAAAUUAAUAAUCAAAAUAUUACAAUUUAUGAAAAACCUCUAGCAAUUUCUCAACAAUCAUCAAUAAAUAAUACUAUGUCUCCAGUAUUAAAGAAGAAAUCUACUCAAUCUGUUUAUCCUCAAUCAAUUCAAUCUACACCUUAUCAUCUAACACCAAUACCAUAUGAUGCUCAUCAUCAAAAAUCUUUUCCAUCUCCAUCAUCAUCAUCAUCGGAUGAAAAAUCAAAAGAAUUACUUUCUCAUCAUCGUCCUAUACAACCAAAAUUAAUAUCAUCCUCAAAUAAUAAUCCUUCUCAAACAAAUUUUAAUUCGUCUUCUUCUGCUAUUUUACAAUUCUUACAAAAACGAAUUAAGAAAAAUAAUAAUAAUAAUAAUAAUAAUAUUGUUAAUAAUAAUAAUAACAAUGUAUUAAUACCCGAAAAACAAACAGUACCAAUACCAUGCUGUUCACCUUGUUGUUAUGGUCAAUUACCAAACAAUGGUAAAUCUUGUAUAUCAAAAAAUAGUUCUUCAAAUGAACGAAUGAUUCUUCCAAAAUAUACAGUUUUACCUUCAUUAAAAUGUAAUCCUACACAAGAAUUAAAAAAUUCAAAUUCAUCAUUAUCUAAUAAUCGUAAACAACGUCGACUUCAAUCAAAUCCAUAUCCAUCACCAAAAGAUUUUUUUUCUCAACCAUCUAUUCCAUUUAAUUAUUGUCAAAAUUCAUUAACAAAUGAAAUCAAACAUAAAACAAAUGUUUAUCAUACAAUAACACCAACUAGUGUACAAAAUUCUUCUACAGUAAUAAGUCCACCAAAUACACCCAAUGAAUUAACAUUACCAAAUAUAUUUGUUGGAAGUAUUGAUAUAUCACAUGCUAUUAUUGAACAUGGUUCUAUUGAUAUGGAUAAAAUACCUAAACUUGUUGUACGACAUACAAAAACAUAUAUAAAUAAAAAAAUUGAUACUAUGGGACAAUUAUUUCCAACAUGGUUUAAUGAACCAGAUUAUCGUUGUAUACAUUGUUUUACUUGUGAUCAAGUAUUUACACCACAACAAUUUAUGACACAUGUUGAUGAUGAACAAAUGGUAAAAAUACAACCAAUAAAUAUGACAUCCAUACAAUUAUUAACAUCAGAAAAAUUAUCAGAAUAUAAAGUUGGAUUAUGGAAUGAUUUUUGUACAAAUUUAGCUAAUUAUGCAAGGUAA